GUGACCUCAUGGUUUAAGUGGGAAUAAAGAUGAGUAUAAGCAGUGAUGAGGUCAACUUCUUGGUAUAUAGAUACUUGCAAGAGUCAGGGUUUUCUCAUUCAGCAUUUACCUUUGGUAUAGAAAGCCAUAUCAGCCAGUCUAAUAUCAAUGGUGCCCUGGUUCCACCCGCUGCUCUGAUUUCUAUCAUCCAGAAAGGCCUGCAGUAUGUAGAGGCAGAAGUCAGUAUUAAUGAGGACGGUACCUUGUUUGAUGGAAGACCUAUAGAAUCUUUGUCCCUGAUCGAUGCCGUGAUGCCUGACGUGGUACAAACCAGACAGCAAGCCUACAGAGAUAAACUUGCCCAACAACAGGCCGCAGCGGCUGCUGCCAGUGCCGCCGCCACGACCAACCAACAGGGCUCAGCGAAAAAUGGAGAAAAUACUGCAAAUGGAGAAGAAAAUGGAGCCCAUAGUAUAGCAAAUAACCAUACGGAUAUGAUGGAAGUGGAUGGAGAUGUUGAAAUCCCCCCAAACAAAGCUGUGGUAUUACGGGGUCAUGAGUCAGAAGUAUUCAUCUGUGCCUGGAAUCCUGUUAGUGACCUUCUGGCCUCGGGAUCUGGUGACUCGACAGCAAGAAUAUGGAAUCUGAGUGAGAACAGCACAAGUGGUUCGACCCAGUUAGUCCUCCGCCAUUGUAUAAGGGAAGGCGGGCAGGAUGUGCCCAGCAACAAAGAUGUGACGUCCCUCGAUUGGAACAGUGAAGGCACGCUUCUCGCCACUGGGUCAUAUGAUGGAUUUGCCAGAAUAUGGACUAAAGAUGGUAAUCUUGCUAGCACCUUGGGACAACAUAAAGGUCCUAUUUUUGCAUUAAAAUGGAACAAGAAAGGAAAUUUCAUCCUGAGUGCAGGAGUGGACAAGACCACGAUUAUCUGGGAUGCACAUACUGGUGAAGCCAAGCAGCAGUUCCCUUUUCAUUCAGCGCCGGCACUGGACGUGGAUUGGCAGAGCAACAAUACCUUUGCCUCUUGCAGCACCGAUAUGUGCAUUCAUGUCUGUAAAUUGGGACAAGAUAGGCCUAUCAAGACAUUCCAGGGACACACAAAUGAAGUAAAUGCUAUCAAAUGGGACCCAACUGGUAACCUUCUGGCCUCCUGUUCUGAUGACAUGACUUUAAAGAUAUGGAGUAUGAAGCAAGAGAGUUGUGUCCAUGAUUUGCAAGCACAUAAUAAAGAAAUUUAUACUAUCAAAUGGAGUCCAACAGGACCAGGAACAAACAAUCCAAAUGCCAACCUCAUGCUAGCCAGUGCAUCCUUUGACUCCACCGUUCGGUUAUGGGAUGUGGACCGGGGCAUCUGCAUCCACACUUUGACGAAGCACCAAGAGCCUGUGUACAGUGUGGCUUUCAGCCCGGACGGCCGGUACCUGGCCAGCGGCUCCUUUGACAAGUGUGUGCACAUCUGGAACACGCAGACGGGCGCCCUCGUCCAUAGCUACAGGGGAACCGGCGGGAUCUUCGAGGUUUGCUGGAACGCGGCCGGAGACAAAGUGGGAGCCAGCGCGUCGGAUGGUUCAGUUUGUGUGCUAGACCUACGGAAAUAGUGCUACUAGUUGGAAGCCAUGGACCGACUAUGAAUGUGUACAUAGCCAAAACGACUGUCCCUGACCCAUGUACUGCUCUCGUCCCACUGAACCAUGGCCAGUCCACUGCAGCCAAGCAAAGGAAACCUCGGCGUACACUGUAUAGAACAAAGCAGAAGGACACCCCGAAGAGGACGGCGCCUUUGUCCCAGCUCGCGCGUCCUGUUCACCAAGUGCUGCCUCUCACCGGCUAGGCCCAGAGCGCCGGGAAGCCGAGAGGAAGGAGCGAGACCGCCAGCAGAGCAGCCGCACCCGCCCCGGGAGACGGACGGCAGCCUCCCUCCCUCCCUCCCCACUCAGUCGAGACAGUGUCGUAUUCUUUGUUUUUUUCAUUUCCCGCAAUAGUCGAGCAGUUUGUGUGUACAGAGAAAACGGACGUAUGUAGACAUGCAGCCAUGGGUUUCUUGCUUUUCAAACAUCUUUUUGGUUUUGUUUAAGGAUGCAGGAAGUAAGGGGGUCAAUCUGUUUCUUGUUUUUAUUUUUCACCUUCUAAACAUAAAAAUUCUUUUUAAAAAAUAUUUUAAUUCAUUCUUUUGAAGAGGCCAAGUGAUGCUUGGUCCAUUCUUUGGCUCUCAGAGCACAUUUUCCAUUGGUUUUGUGUUGGGGUGAGGGGUGAUUUUAGAAAAAUAUAUCUAAAAUGUGAUAUUGGUCAUGUUAAUCAAGAAAGUACAUUAUUUGUAAAGGGUAUUCUUGCUCUGGUUUUUCUGGUGAUGUGGCUGAAAUGCAGAAGUUUCUUAUUUGGGACAUAUUUCUGCCAAACUUAAGAAUCGAAGGGCACAAAAUUUUUUUUUAGAAAAAUUUACAAAUACAAGAGCUGCAUUAAAAAAAAAAAAUCUUGUUGCUUCAAGACCAUAGCUAAUUAUGGUUUAGUUGUGCACUAUUGUGAAAAGGAGCAAAAUAGCAUUCUGGGGGUUUUUUUGUUUUGUUUUUAAGAGAGAAAAAUCUUUCUGGACAAGGGUUUAUGAGUUUCUACCAGGAGUGUCCGUCAUAUGUAUAGGAGCUCUGAUGUAUAAUAACCAAAUUCCAGUAUUAAAAAAGAAAUCUCAUGUCAAUUUUCUUUAUACAAAUCAAAAUACCUUUGGCAUAUAUUUGAUAACACUGCCAGAAUGUGGCAAAACGUUUACUACCUUAGUUUCAAAAGAAAUCUUUAGAACAGAAGACUUGCUUUAAGGUCUGUUUAAAUAGCAGUGAUUCAGCUUAUUAAAAAAAAUAAUAAUAAUACUUGCACUAAUGUCCCUGCUGCUCUGAUUCUGCAGUUUAUUCUAACUUGUGGCUAUUUUUUCCCCCAAGUAGAAGUAGUAGGUGUAAGCUGCUAUUUUUUUAAAUUAAUCACUACGAUAUUGUCCUUUAGUCUAUUUACAAUAUCAAGUAUCUUUCUCAACAGAUAGCAAACUUUGGUUCCGCUCAUGUGACUAAGAUAUGUCAAAAUUUCUUUUGUAAAUUUUAGCACGUUCUGUUUGCAUGUGCAGUUGAAAGGGGUCACUUAAUGUUUCAUCCCAGAUUCCAAAGCUAUGAAUUUCAAAGAGUCUAGUUGUCCAAUUUAUGUCACAGAUGUUUGCGUUAAAGAAUGGCUUAUAUCACAGAGCUUUGCAAAGUUAACCAUUUUAUAACACUAUUUUAAUCACUAAUAAUUUUGUGACUAGUGCUUUAAAAAAAGUGAAUCUACUCUGUUCUUAGUUUAGGUAUAAAUUGAUUUAACCCAAAUAAUGCAGCUUUUUGCCAUUGAUUUUUUUUUCUGCUAUUUUUACAAAAUAAUAUGACUUGAAGCAAGUCUUCAUUUUGCUAAGGUAGGAUAGCAUUGGCCUUUGGUAAAGAGAAUACAUUUAAUUCCACAAUCCAUUAUUCUAUGUACCCCAGUUAUUAGUGGGGAGUAUAUUCUAAAUCAUAGCAUUUAAAAAAAAAUUCAUCUCCAGAAAGGCAGUCAUUGAUGAUGGUUCUGUGCCAGCUCUUUUGAGGGUUUUGGAGCCCAUGACAGAUGUCUAGAACAAUUACCCUGUGAGCUAUGUAGGAAACCUAAUACGCUGAGGAUCUGGCACUUGGACAUCCUGCUCUUAUUGCUAGAGGUCUAUGUCCAUGGCUGACCUCUGUUGUUGUUUUAAAAAAAAAAAAGUAAAAAAUAAAAAAAAUCUGUGCAAUAAUUUUUAAAUGUGCUCCCAGGAAUAGACACAAAUGUUUUGAAUAUGUUUAAGCUGCGUUUUCCUUUAGCGAUGCAUUUGUCAAUUGCACUGAAUUUAAAUCUGAAAGUCAGAGGUGAUUAUUGAUAGUACUUUUGUAUUUUGAUAUGGACAAUUUAUUCAUUUGCAUACAGUUAUUGACUGGUUUUUCAGCUGAUUAUAUAGAAGAUAGUCAAGGAAUUCUGCAAUAUGGCUGCUGGAAUAGACAGCUCCAUUUUUUAUGCUCUUGUCAUUUUUCCUUUUUUUCAAUCUUUGGCUAUUUUCCUUACAAAUAACAUUCAUAAUAGGAACCCUACACAAUUCUAAAUACAAAGCUUUAUUACCCUGAUGUCUCGUCUUACUGAGAGGUAUCCACGUAGUAGGCCUGGGCUCUUAAUGAACAUUUGAUUAUUUAUUUAUUUUUGCUGCUGUUCUCAAUAUCAUCAUUGCCUGCUGAUCUGCCACGAUGCUGCUCCUAAGCUGGUUUAAAAAAAAAAGUCUUGAGCAUAAAUGUGCUGGCCAGAGACAAUGUUUCACAGCCUUGUAAAGUACUGUAUUCAUGGAGUUGUUCCCGUUUGUUUCCCCCUUCCCCAUCCCCCCAAGGGCUGAUCACAGAGAUGUUAGUGGUUCUCCUAGGAGGGGACAUGAGCAGAUUAGGCGGCUGGGGUUGGUAGGAGCUGCCCUGAGGACUGGGCUCUUGGGGGGAAGAAGGCGCUGAGAACUGGCUAAAGGUGAAAGGAAAGGACGGAGCCAUCAUGCCUCUGGCCCUUCCUCGAGCGCCGGCGGGAAUCGAGGGUUCCUGGCCUAGCGUUGGUGUGUGGUCCCCUUGGAGUGAACGUGGAUCAGGUCCCAUCACGGACUUUCGUGAUAAAUUUUUAGUAGGUCUUAGGUGACUAUCGAUAAUCCCAUCGUGAUGAGCAAUUCUCUAUAGUGUUAGAUGUGAUUUAGGAUGAAACAUCUUUUACAAAUACUAAAAGUGCCUCCCUUUGUGGUUCAACAACUAAUUAUGGUGCAAAAUGCAGGAAUCACUGGAUGGAAGAAGAAGUACAGGAAGGUUUCUUGCUUUUUGACAUCUCCAAAUGUCAAGAGAAAGGCCAAAGAUUUGUGCUAAUUUAACUUCACUUUAAAGCACUCCUUUUUUGCUUUCCCUGCUUUAUGUCAGAAUAGAUUAUUUAAUGAGAGAUGACUAUUUUUCAGGAGCUAGCUUUGUUUAGGUAGGAUGGUUUGGCGGAGGGCGUAAUUAGAGUUACGGAACAGACGGGCCCAGAGGGCAGCGUGUGUCCGAGGGUUCUGCCGAGGCGGGCAGAGGGGAAUUGGGGUUCCGCUGGAUGAGCAGAAACGAUGUCUCAGAUACUGCGCAGUGCCAUUUACUCCAUUAGCAGCAGUGGUUUCUUUUCCUCAGCUCAGGGCAUGGCAUGUUUCUCUGCAGAUCCUGUGUUCUGGUCUAGCGUGCUGUGGACAGUACGUAGGGGAUGGGGACGUGCGUACUAGGAGUAGGUCACCUCGGAAAGUUCCCAGGAAACCCUCUUUUUGGCGGACCAACAUUGUGGCAUGGCAGCAAAUGCCAAUAUUUAGGGAACAGCAGCAAAAUCAACAAGAGACCCUGAAAGUUUCUCUUGGGUCGAAAGGGGUGGAAGGUGGGGAGGGAAGUUAUGAAUUACCUUUUCUUCCAGUGAUAGCUCUGAAGUAUCACAAUUCAGUAUCAAGAGUUUCUUUCUUAAACAUAAAUCUGGUUAAAGGUAGAGAAGAGAAUUUUUUUUAAAUGAGAAGUUCAAGUUAUGGGUUUUUUUGGUUUUGUUUUGUUUUGUUUUGUUUUGUUUUUUUUUUCCACAUACUGAUUUAGAGAUAAUAGUGUCUUAGAUCAGUAGUCUGUUUCUGCCUCUAAGUUUACAAUGUUGAUGCAGGGUGACGACUUAGGGCAUGCUUUUUUUUUUUUUUCCUAGUAAGCUAUUUCAUAAUGUUUUUUGGAAUUUGUGGAUAAGUUCAGGAAAACAUUCUGCAUGUUGUAUCUAGUCCAGUGUACUUUAGCCAUUUCUUUUUUCUUUUCUUUUUGAAGGCUGCAUUCUGCAGCUCUAUAAUCCUUGAAUACAAAAGUCAUUUUUUUUUUUUCCCUCUCCUGACUUUGACAUUAUAGUUGUAAUGGUUUGAUUUUGAUUUUACAAAUCCUUUGGGUCUAAUUCUGUGAGCCUACCUAUAGCACUGGAUUCCAACCAACGUCGGCAUCAUUUCUUUAGUUAUCCAGUUAACUUACAACUGUUGUCAAAGUGUAAACCAGCCCAUGACGGUUUUUUGUACUUGUUAAAGGACUUUUAUUCAGUUUUCAUGAUUCUUGUCUAAGGAAGACUGAUAGAGAUGUUCUAGGCUGUCCUGGACCAUGUGAAUUACACUUAGGAUGUAUUUCGGUUCUCCUUCACAAUGGCUUACCCCAACACCCCCAUCCCUCAGAGGCCCAUGUCCCUGUUGCAGUUUCCAUUUGCAUUGUAUUGCUCUGACAACUGUAAUUUGAAUCAGAUCUGAAAGAGGUCCAGAAUAAAAUAUAUUUUGAUAUUA